AUGGCUCGCUCUCUCGCCGCUCUUUUCACAUUCUCCCUCUUCGUCCUACCCUCUGUCUUGGCCUAUGGACAAGCCCUACACAUACAGCACUCAUUGGCCCUGAGUGCCCUCGUUGUCCUCCCCAAUUACUUCGCCCCAGCCGUGUCGGCCUACGUCGUCACCGUCCCAACGGGAUUUAAACGGAAUACCCUGCAGAGCCGCAAACAUCACAAGAACAAAGACACUGCUGUGGCUCCUGCUGCUGCAAACACAACCGCAGCAGCAGCAAAUACCACAGACGUCUCGGCCGCCGCCAAUAUAGCUUUUGUGGCUGCGGUUGCCAACGCUACUGCUGCAGAUGCCAACGUGACUGCCUCCAUCGAUGCAAAUGCGACCGCCGAUGCCAACGCUACUAUUUCUGCCGAUGCCAAUUCCACCUCCACUUCCACAAGUAGUGUCUCAAACAACGAGGGCGACGGCAACCGCAAUGGAACAGGUCGGAACAGUGGCAAUGACGACAACAGCGUAGACUCUCUCAUCGACGACGCUCUAGCGCUCCUCGGUGGCAUCUUCACAAGGCGCAACGCCAACGCCAACCCGGGCCCUGUUGCUCUCCCUGUUGCUGUACCCCGACCUCAACCACAUCCCGAACCGAGGUUUCGCAGGGACAGCGUGGUCCGCCGACGACACGCGGCAGCAUACCAUGAGCGGGCUUUCUGA